CGACCGGCUACCACACUUUAUCGGCCGUCUACACAAGUUAAAUAAUUAAUUAAAACCAAUAUUACAAUGAAAAGUAAAAAUAAACUAGAAUAAGUUAUUAAAAUUGAAUAGGCAAUACGCCCGACUAUUAAGACAACAGCAGCAACAAUUGAAAACAUUGUCCAUCACCAACGCAGACGCCAUUUUGGCUAUCGGCCGGCUGAUUUGUAAAGCUUAGGAGAGCCAGCCAGCAAAAAAAAAUUGCAAAAAAAACGAAGAUACAUAAUUAGUUUUUAACAAUUUGUGUUGCAACUAUGCAAAUGUAAGAGCUAAGGUUAGAAGACCGACCAAGUGUGAGUGUACAUUAAACGCGGUAACAAAGUGCGACAGUGUAAAUUAAUGCGUAUAUUAACAAACAAAACGCACAGUGUUUUUAGGGCGGAUGCACAAAAUGUUUAUAGAUUUUUGCAAUUGUGUCCGUUGAGGAGAAAUAUGUAAACUAAACGCAGCGCGCCGCAAACAGCACCAACUGUGCAUGCACCAGCAGCAGCAGCAGAAGCAGAAAUAAUAACAACAACAGCGACAACAACAACUCAGCAGUAAGAAGAAGAACAACAACAGCAAUUCUUAUUGGCAAGAAGAUUGUUCGGCAGAUAGAGAGAGAGAGAAAGAGAGACCAACAGUGCCUAAUGUACAUUGGUUACAACAACAACAACAACAUUCAUUCAUUCAUUUGAUGUGUUACCCAAGUCAGGAACAACAAUAACAACUAGGAGAAGCAUUAGAGGGAACUGUGGAACCACUCGAGUCUCUCUACGGAACCAGGACUGCCAUAGCCAUAGUCAAUAGUCAAAGCCAAAGCCGCCCAGCGUAGACUUCACUAGAAUUACGAUCAAAAGCACUCACACAACACACACAGUCAGCAAGCAGUCCAACCCCAACAAGAAGAAACGACGACGGCGUUAAACAUUUGUGACGCACGUGACGCAGCCAAAAGGCGCCACAAUGACAUUCGAUACACGCCGACAGGGCACAGGAACUGGAACUGGCCAAGCGACGACCACAGCAACAGCAGCCCAGAACAGUAGCAGCAGCAUUACAACGAGCACAGCUCAAGGAACGGGAACUGUUACGGCAACUGUCACAGGAACGGGAACAGGAACGGUCACAACUACAACAACAACAACAGGUGGAGUCACAACAGCAAACAUGUCGUCGAGCGGUGGCAUUGAUGCUAACAAUAGCAACAACAGUCAGGAGCAGUCAACGGAUGCACCACCAACAACAGCAGCAGCAGCAACAACAACAACAACAGCCGGUGGUUGCACUGUAGAAAGCGCCGCAACUGCUGUGUCGCCAGAGAAGCUGAUAGCGUCAUUUCCCAUUGCUAAGCUGCGCUCGCUAACACAAAAGAUAUCCAAUCCACGAUGGGUGGUGCCCGUGUUGCCCGAACAGGAGCUGGAGGUGCUGCUAAAUGCCGCCAUCGAUUUAGCCAAGGCUGGUGUCGAUCACGACUGCGAACCGUGUGUGGAGUUCUAUCGAAAUGGCCUGACAACGUCCUUUGCCAAGAUCCUGACGGAUGAGGCAGUCAACUCGUGGAAGUUCAACAUCCAUCACUGCAUUCUGGUGUCGUGUGGCAAGCUAUUGAACUUGAUAGCGAUACACAUGCAACGCGAUAAUCCAUACCUGCUCGAUCUGCUCGCGAUUGUGUUUGAUCCGGACAAUAAGUUCAACACAUUUAAUGCGGGACGUCAACCGGAAUGCUUUGCGGCCCUCGAGUGCAUUUGGGGUGUGUUGGAUAGCAACAAGAUGUUUGCGAAACCGCCGCCGGAGCCAAAGAACCCUCGCGGUUGGCUUGUCGAUCUCAUUAAUCGCUUUGGACAGUUGGGCGGAUUUGAUAAUCUGCUCGAGCGUUUCAAUAGCGGUCUGGAAUUGUUGAAGCGCAAUCAAAACACAAAUAAAACAGCUGCCAUCGUCGGUGGCUCUAGUUCCACAACAACAGUCAAAAGCAUUACAUCCAAUGAAAGCGGCGGAGGAGGAUCGGAUGGUUCUGGACAGGACAAUCGUUUAACGCUGGCGCUCAUACACAGCCUAUUGCGGCCCUUCGGGCAAUGCUAUGAACUGCUGACGCCUGCCACCAUUGCCAAGUACUUUAUGCCCACUUGGAAUGUUGUGUUGGAUUUGCUAGACAGUUUCACCGACGAGGAACUGAAGCGUGAGGUGAAACCAGAGGGUCGCAAUGACUACAUCAAUGGCAUUGUGAAGUCGGCGCGUUUUCUGGCUAGCCGUUUGACCGGUCAGGAGGAACUGAUACGCGAUCUGGAAAUGUUUCGCCUUAAGAUGAUAUUGCGACUGCUACAGGUGUCUAGCUUUAAUGGCAAGAUGAAUGCCCUUAACGAAAUCAACAAGGUGCUGACAUCGGUCGCUUACUACUCGCAUCGCUCUCAGCCGCUGCCUCAUUGCCUGCCCGACGAUGAAAUGGAUUGGCUGACAGCAGAGCGCAUGGCCCAGUGGAUUAAAUCAUCCGAUGUGUUGGGCAUUGUGCUCAAGGACUCGCUGCAUCAGCCACAAUAUGUGGAGAAGUUGGAGAAGAUCAUACGCUUUUUGAUCAAAGAGCAGGCACUAACGCUCGACGAUCUGGAUGCUGUGUGGCGUGCUCAGGCGGGCAAACACGAAGCGAUUGUGAAGAAUAUGCAUGAUUUGCUGGCCAAGCUGGCUUGGGACUUUACACCCGAACAGCUGGAUCAUCUCUUCGAAGCGUUUCAGGCGAGCAUGACGACCGCUAAUAAGCGUCAACGGGAGCGUCUGCUGGAGCUUAUACGGCGCCUGGCCGAGGACGACAAGAACGGCGUGAUGGCCCAAAAGGUGCUGAAACUGUUCUGGACCUUGGCGCAUAGUCAAGAGGUGCCGCCAGAGGUGCUCGACCAAGCGCUUGGCGCACACGUCAAGAUUCUCGACUAUAGCUGCUCGCAGGAGCGUGACGCGCAGAAAACUAUUUGGUUGGAUAAGUGCGUAGGUGAACUUAAGGCUGGCGAUUCGUGGGUGCUGCCCGCUUUGCGUCUGAUUAGAGAUAUCUGUUGCUUGUACGAUACGUCGCCCAAUCAUGCGCCACGCACGCAGACCAGCAUCAAUCGGCAGCAGGUGAUUGAACGACUGCAGAACGACUAUUCGCUGGUCAUUUUGGUGACCAAUAGUUUGACUGCGUAUAUGGAAAAGGUGCGUUCGUUGGUGAAUGAGACGCCCAGUUUGGAUGCAGCGACCAUUUUGAUAGAUGGUCGUUUUCCACAUCAAGCACAGAUUGCCGAACGUCUGGAGUUUCUCAAGUUUCUGCUGAAGGACGGUCAGCUUUGGCUGUGUGCCGAUCAGGCGAAGCAAAUCUGGCAUUGUCUGGCUGUGAACGCCGUUUUUGCGGCAGAUCGCGAGGAAUGUUUCCGCUGGUUCGGUAAACUAAUGGGUGAAGAACCGGAUCUUGAUCCGGGCAUCAACAAGGACUUCUUUGAGAAUAACAUACUGCAGUUGGAUCCGCAUCUGCUCACCGAGAGCGGCAUUAAAUGCUUUGAGCGCUUCUUCAAGGCCGUCAACUCUAAGGAGGAUAAACUAAAGGCCAUCCAUCGUGGCUAUAUACUCGACAAUGAGGAUCUCAUUGGUAAGGAUUAUUUGUGGCGUGUGAUUACCACGGGUGGCGAAGAGAUUGCCAACAAGGCCAUCGAUCUGCUGAAGGAGGUUUCAACGGCAUUGGGACCACGACUGCAAGAGCACAUCACAGAGUUCCACGAGAUCUUCAUUGGCGAAUGCUGCGCUCGGCUGCGUGCUCACUACAGCAACAUACAGAUAUUGGGCAAAGCAAUGCUGGAGGAUGCCGAUAAUCAGGAUACGAGCAACGACGAGUCAAAGGACACAAAGAUGCGUUUUAUUGAGGCGGAGAAGAUGUGCCGCAUCAUCAAGGUGUUGCAGGAGUACAUCAAAGAGUGCGAUCGUUCGUUUAGCGGCGAUCGCAUCCAUUUGCCACUCAGCCGCGUCACGCGUGGCAAGAAUACUAGUCUCUAUAUACGUUUUCAAACACCCGGACGACCCAUUGACGAUAUUGAAAUUGUGACGCACAGCAACGAAACAAUGGCGGCCUUCAAGCGCAACCUGUUGAAGCGCAUCAAGGGCAACUCCACGUCCACCAACAACAUCAAAGUGGAUCUCUUCUAUACGAAUGGCGAGCUGAUCGAAGUGUCCGAUGAAAUCAAUCCACUUUAUCAGUACACCAUACGUGACAAAAUGAUAUUGACAGCAAAGCUGACACAGGUGGGCAUUGGCCUGGCCAGUAGUCCCGACUCCUCCAGCGAUUCCAGCACUGGUUCGCCACCCAGACCCUGUCCAGAUAUGCAACGCGUCGAAUCGGAGAGCACGUUGCCCGGCGUGAUUAUAUCGCAGAACUAUCAGUACACCGAGUUCUUCUUGAAGCUGCAUCAGUUGGGCAGCGAUCUGGAGCAUGGACGACUGCGCGAUAGUGCUAAAGUGUUGCUGCAUCUGCUGCCCUGCGAUCGCCACACAAUGCGCAUGCUGCAGUUGAUGUGCCGAGUGCCCAAAUCCACAACCGGCGAUGGACCCAAAGAGGAGGAUGCAUUGACCAGCAGCGGACAAAGCGCAAGUGAUGCGCUGAAUGCCGAUGAUUGCACUCCGGAGCAAAUGUUUCUUCAUCCGUCGCCUGCUCAGGUGUUGUACAAUCUGAGUGUGCUGCAUGGACUGUUGAUUCCCGCCCUGGAUCCGCUGGGCGAAUCGGCGCUGCAAGUGCAAUCGGCCUGGAUGCAUUCGGGCUGUGCACAUUUUGUGCUUGAACUGCUGACCAAGAACAACUUUUUGCCCAGCGCCGAUAUGCACACGAAACGCGCCUCGUUCCAAUGCGUUCUGCGGCUGGCGAAGCUGUUUCUGUACAUUGUGGGCAGCGUGUUGUCGCGUGUGGGCGAUGAGCCCAUGAUCUGUGACUACGACAAUGGUGCACGCUCCCAGGUGGACAUACUUAAGCAGAACUUUUCGACAACGCCGAACAGUGCGCAGGGCACGUUGCGUGCCAUUUCGGCCAAACUAGCCGAGAUAUUGGCCACCGAGAUGCUCUCUGCUAGCCACGAUGGUGAGCGAUGUCGUGCACUCUUCAGCUCCACGCUGCAAUGGUCGUGUCCAGACAUUAGCACCAUUAAGGCUGUCGUACAUCUGGCCUGGGCCUCAUCAUGUGGCAAUCUACAGGCACUGGGCAGCAGCAAUGAUUUCGAGGAUGAUGCCAUCAUACCGGAUGGCCAGGACUUUAGUGUGUGCAAGGAGGCACUCGAGGUGUUGACGAUCUCGUUUAUACUCAAUCCCAGCGCCAACGAGGCGCUGAGCAACGAUGCCAAUUGGCCCAAAUUUAUUACCUCAAUUGUGCUGAAGAAUCCGCUGCGCCAUGUGCGUCAAGUGGCAUCCGAGCAGCUGUUCCUGGCCUCCACCUAUUGUGCCGGCGAUCGACGUCCCUUUGUCUACAUGGUCAAUCUGCUUGUGAGCGCACUGAAAACUCUGGUGCCCCAAUACGAGGCAACUUGUGCGGAAUUCUUCUCGGUGCUCUGUCGCACGCUCUCGUAUGGCUGCAUCUACAAUUGGCCACUUCAGAUUGGCGAGGGACUGCUAAGCGAUGAGAUCAAUUGGCUGCGCAAGAUACGCGAGAACGUCAAGGUAACUGGCGAUACGCAGGUGCAUGAGGAACUGCUGGAGGGUCAUCUGUGUUUGGCCAAGGAGCUGAUGUUCUUCCUCAUGGCGGACUCCAAGGCGCAGCUCAAUGAACUGAUCCAUGAGUUGAUCGAUGACUUUCUGUUUACGGCAUCGCGAGAGUAUCUGCAUUUACGCAAGCACGGCAGCCUGCGCUUGGACACGGUGCCGCCGCCAGUGUGCCGCAGUCCCCAUACAAUUGCUGCCGCUUGUGAUCUCCUUAUUGCUUUGUGCCAGCACUGUGUUCCUAAUAUGAAGCUACUCACCAAUACACUCAUCGAUUUCGUCUGCACGGAUACCGAUCCGUUGCGCGAAUGGGAUUAUCUGCCGCCGGUGGGCGCCAGGCCAACCAAAGGUUUCUGUGGCUUGAAAAACGCUGGUGCCACCUGCUACAUGAACUCGGUGCUCCAACAGCUUUACAUGGUGCCAGCCGUACGUAUGGGCAUUCUAAAGGCACAUGGCGCAGCCACAAAUGAUAACGAGGACUUUAGCGGCGAUUCGGAUAUGGGCAGCGGCGGUGGCAGCCUUGGUCCAUCCUUCUUUGCCGGACCCUCAACAAUACCCUCACUCUCGUCAACAUCUUCGACGGUAGCAUCGUCGUCGUCUGAUGAUGGUGCGGAUGUGCGUAAGAACUAUCACGUUAUCAUAUUGAAGCAUGUGCAGGCCAUAUUUGCUCAUCUGGGCCACAGUGCACUGCAGUUUUAUGUGCCACGAGGCCUCUGGACGCACUUCAAAUUGCAAGGGGAACCGGUGAAUCUGCGUGAGCAACAGGAUGCCGUCGAGUUCUUUAUGUCGCUGUUCGAGAGCUUAGACGAGGGACUGAAGGCACUCGGCUACACUCAGCUGAUGAAUGCAACGUUGGGCGGCUCGUUUAGCGAUCAAAAGAUAUGCCAAGAGUGCCCACAUCGCUACUCCAAAGAGGAACCAUUUAGCGUAUUUAGUGUUGAUAUUAGGAAUCAUAGCUCAUUAACCGAAUCUCUGGAGCAGUAUGUCAAAGGAGAGCUGCUCGAGGGAGCUGAUGCAUACCAUUGUGAUAAAUGUGAUAAAAAAGUAGUUACCGUUAAGCGGCUAUGUGUCAAGAAGCUGCCGCCCGUGUUAGCCAUACAAUUGAAGCGCUUUGAAUACGACUACGAGCGCGUCUGUGCGAUUAAGUUUAAUGAUUAUUUUGAAUUUCCUCGUAUCCUGGAUAUGGAGCCCUACACAGUUUCUGGCCUAGCUAAGCUAGAGGGUGAAGUUGUGGAAGUAGGUGAUAAUUGUCAAACAAGUGUUGAAACAACAAAAUAUGAACUGACCGGCAUUGUGGUGCACAGCGGACAGGCAUCCGGUGGCCACUACUUCAGCUACAUAGUAUCCAAAAAUCCAACGAAUGGCAAAUGCCAGUGGUAUAAAUUCGAUGACGGCGAAGUAACUGAAUGCAAAAUGCAUGAAGAUGAGGAAAUGAAGGCGCAAUGCUUUGGCGGUGAUUACAUGGGCGAAAUCUAUGACAACAAUCUGAAACGCAUGCAGUAUCGUCGCCAAAAGCGUUGGUGGAAUGCCUACAUGUUGUUCUACACGCGUUGUGAUCAGAAUCCCACACAGUUUGAUGCCAGCGUAGAGCAAUUGUCACUCACAGAAAGCCGAAAUGUUGUGCUGCCACUACCAAAGCCAAUUGAACGGAGCGUUAGACAUCAAAAUAUACGCUUUUUGCACUCGCGUAGCAUUUUCUCAGUCGAGUUCUUCAAUUUCAUCAAGAAGCUGGUCAGCUGCAGUAUUCCAUCGACACGCAGUGAUAAGAUUACACCCGCCGCUGAGGAGCUUUCGCUGCUGGGCGUGCAGUUGGCAUCACAAUUUCUGUUCCACACCGGAUUUCGCACAAAGAAAACCUUGCGGGGUCCCGUCAUCGAGUGGUACGACACGCUCUCACAUCACAUACGUUCCUCGUCGCUGGUACGCAAAUGGUUUGCGAAUCAUGCACUGCUCUCGCCACCAUCGCGCCUGGGCGAAUACAUACUGAUGGCACCGUCACCAGAGGUGCGCACCGUGUUCGUCAAACUGGUUGUGUUCUUUUGUCACUUUGCCAUCAACGAUGAGCCGCUUGUCGGUUACGAGGGCAGCAAUCUCUGCGAGCAGGUACUCAUCAGCGUGCUGCGCCUGCUCAAAUCUGAGGCUGCCGACUAUGGCAAGCAUUUACCGCACUAUUUCAGUCUAUUCAGCAUGUACGUAGGCCUGGGCACACGGGAAAAACAACAGCUAUUAAAGCUGAAUGUGCCAGUGCAGUUUAUGCAGGUGGCCAUGGAUGAUGGGCCUGGGCCAUCGAUUAAGUAUCAGUAUCCGGAGUUCAGCAAGUUGCAUCAAGUGGUGUCGCAUUUGGUGCGCUGCAGUGAUGUGAGCGAAAAGUGCGAGAACUCCAAUGAAAAUGCACGUCCAUUGCCCAAUCCAUUCAGGGACUCGAACAUCGCCCCAGACGAUCUGACACCGCUGUCCAGCGAGUGCAUGGACAUUCUUUUCAACCGGACUGGCUAUAUUAAAAAGGUCAUCGAGGAUACGAACGUGGGAGAUGAAGGGCUGAAACUGUUGCAGUAUUGCAGCUGGGAGAAUCCACAUUUUUCGCGUGCGGUUCUUACAGAAUUGCUGUGGCAAUGCGGCUACGCCUACUGCCAUGACAUGCGCCAUCAUACCGAUCUGUUGCUGAACAUAUUGCUGAUUGAGGACUCGUGGCAACGUCAUCGCAUACACAAUGCCCUGAACGGUGUUGCGGAGCAGCGUGAGGGAUUGCUGGAGACGAUACAGCGUGCCAAGACGCAUUAUCAGAAGCGCGCCUAUCAGAUAAUCAAAUGCUUGACGCAUCUGUUCCACAAAUCACCAAUCGCCCUGCAAAUGCUGCACACCAUUCCAACAAUCAGUCGCCACUGGAGCAUUGCGGUUGAAUGGCUGCAGGAUGAGCUGGAGCGUCAGCGUGGAAUUGGCUGUCAUUACAACUCGUACUCAUGGUCCCCGCCGGCACAGAGCAAUGAUAACACCAACGGUUAUAUGCUCGAGCGUUCACUGUCCGCAAAGAACACUUUGUCCAUGGCUUAUGAACUGUGUCCGGAGGACCAGGAGGAAAACAAUGAAUCCGAUUUGGAGUCUAAUGAUGACAACAAGCAAGAGCAGCAGCAGCAGACACGAGCAAAGCAGCCACCAGGCACAGAGGCUACGAGCAAUGAGCAGCAACAGCAGCAGCAGCAGACCCAACCACAACCAGAACAACAGCCAGAUAACAAAACGGUUAACUAUACGGGUUUGACCACAAUACCCACAAUUGGUGGGUGGCCGAGUCCAGCACCGACCUCGACACCGACAUCGACCCCGGUGCCGGCUGUGACGUCGACCUCCAUGGAUGGCAAUGGCAUCCCACGUUUGUCACGUCAGUUGUUUGGUGCUUACACCUCAACCGGAGGCACUACGACUGCAAAUGUGGCACCUACGAGUGGCAGCGGCAGUGGUGGGGGAAGCGGCAGCGGUGCCAACAGCGAGACGGAAAGCAGCGCUCAGGAAACUGGUAAUGGCGGAGAAUCCAACAUAAACGGACUUACUAAUAGUUUGGAUCACAUGAAAAUUUCAAUGGAAAAGCAAUCGGCGCACAGGAAAGAGCGAAGAAGGCCAUUGAAAACAAAAAAGAAUUCGUUUGGAAGUGCAGCGGAAACCGAGGAAGUGGAAACAACAGAGGCAACAGCGGCAACAACUCCCGCAACAGCAACAACAGUGUCUAGUGAACAAACAACAACAUCAACGCCAGCAACAACUACAACAAAAUCGUCGGAGACUACAACAACUAUAACGAUAACAGAACCAACGACAACAACAACCACAACAGCAGCGAUUGCAACAAUUAUGACACCGGCAACAAAUACAGCGACAACAACAACAACACCAGCUACAGCAACAACGGGAGCGGCUGAACUCAACUCAUUAAUUGAGAAACACUUAAUUUAAAAAUCAUGGAAACAAAACAAAAGUUUUUUUGCAAUAAAAAGUAACAACAAUUGCAGGCAUCACGUGGCAAUGUGGAAUGUUGCGUGUUGUGUGAAUUUAGCUGGAAUAAAAUUGUUGUAAAAUCAAAAACAACAACAUUAAAAUAAAACAAAACGAGACUUAAAUGCUAGUAGUUAUAAACAAUCGAAAUAAACAAAAGAAUGAAAGAGAAAUAAAAA